UUUGAAGCACAUGUGCAUUGCUGGACCCAAACGGUUUGCUGUAGUACGCCCCUUCAUUUAUAACAACAUGGCUUGUUCACCGUCGAGCAAACAAGGAAAGGUUGCCAUCGUCGGCAGUGGCCUCAUAGGACAGAACUGGUCCAUGAUAUUUGCUGGUGCAGGUUAUCAUGUGACAUUGUAUGAUACUGAUAUGGACCAGUUGAUGCGUGCCAAAACCAGCAUCAAAAGCACAUUGGAACAAUACGAACGGGAUGGUUACCUCCGGGGUAAAACGACGGCCGUUCAACAAAACGCUUUAGUGUCUACAAGUAGUUCACUCUCCGAAUGCCUCAGCGACGCAUUUUAUGUUCAGGAAUGUGUACCAGAGAACUUGGAGUUGAAGAAGAAGGUAUUCAAAGAAAUGGACACCAUGGCGAACAAGGACAUGAUCUUGGCUAGCUCCAGCAGCUGUUUGUGUGCUUCAAUGUUUACAGAAGGGCUCACUCACAAGUCCAACAUGUUAGUGGCUCACCCGAUAAAUCCUCCAUACUUCAUUCCAUUGGUGGAGUUAGUGCCAGCACCUUGGACCAAUCAGGAACUUGUUACCAGGGUACGUACACUGAUGGAAGAGAUCGGCCAAUCACCAAUCACAUUACGCCGGGAAAGUCUGGGAUUCGCCCUGAACAGAAUCCAGUAUGCUGCUAUCAAUGAAAGUUGGAACAUGUAUCAGUCCGGACUGCUGAGUGCCGAGGACAUUGACAGAGUGUGCCAUGAUGGACUAGGUCUGCGGUAUGCUUUUAUCGGACCCCUGGAGACCAUGCAUCUCAAUGCUAAUGGGAUAGCAGACUACUGUGAGCGGUACGCAGAGGGAGCCUACAACGUACAGAAGGAGACAUUUAAACCAGUACCUGUGAUGUAUGACGUGGAAACGGCCAUGAAGGUCCAGGAGGAAUUCAGUCAGACCAUGCCAUUGGACAAACUUGCAGAGAGGCGGAGCUGGAGAGACAAACGACUCGCAGAAAUCUCAAAGUUGAAGAAAACUUUGGAGAAAGAAAAUAAAUGAUGUGUUAGUGAGUGUUUGCCUAGGUAAAAAACAAAGGGUAACUGAAUGAGUGUGUCUAUGCAAAUGGUAGAGGAUGAUUUAAUAGUAGCCAUACCUUAUUUGUGUAUUAAUCAGGAGAUUAGCAAAUGCUUACUUGAAUUAAACAGUGAUCUAUGUAAAGGUCUGAGGAUAACAGAAUGAAUGUCAGUAACUAGUGAGUGCUAUUGAAUUGUUAAAAUAAAACAAAAUUGUCUGUAGUGCUUGCAGGUCUAUGUAAACAACAGAGGAUAUUGUAAAGCACAUGGAAUGUUGGUCCUGGCCAAGGACUUAUAGUCUAUGCUUUAAAAAAACUAUAAUCACCUUUUUAAUAUCACCAUUUGUUUUGGAAUUGUUAAGUUUUUUGGUGUUUUUUUUGCAGACCUGAAGGUGCUCUAAAUGAUUUAAUACAAGAAAUAAAAAAUCUAACGCCUCAGACAUAAAUUGUUUAUUUCAUGCCAUCAGCAGCAAUGCUGAAAGCUAAAUGGUUUAAGUCUAAAAAAACGAAAUACGUGGAUAAGUAUGUGUAACAGGAAUAAUACAGGGAUCUGCGCUGGGUUCUUGCUGUAAUAAAAUCACGAAAAUCAGAAACUGAUCUACAAUUUUAAUUAUAGUUAUUCCACGAAUAUUCCAUUAAUCCAUAUUAUUCAAGAAUUAGAGGAAGAUCGUAUGAAUGAAAGAAUGAAUACUUGAUUGAAAGGUGUAAACAAUAAAUUCAUGUUAUUAAUUGACUUAUUAAUUAAGUUAUUUAUUGUUACUUGUAGUAAAUUUUGAAUAAAUAAUAGCGGUAGUUGAUGAUGUCCACAUUGAACGGAAGUGAUUAAAGAGCAAUUAAUUUCAUGUAGCAUCUAUUGCUGCAAAGAGAAAGAUUCAAGAAAUUAUCUCCGUAUUUCUGUCAACCAGAUCAAUAAAAAGAAUGAAU